UAUAUAUAUAUAUGCACAAUCAAAUUUAGACAGUCACUUCAUUCAUACUUGUUCCCCCAAAAGCAAAGCAAACUGAAAUCAGUACUACUAGUACUAAAUUUCAACCAGAACUUCUACUACUACUUCCUACUACUACUGGAUGGAAAUCCUUUCUAAUUAUUCAGACCCAGUUCCAUGUGGGUCAGAUUUCUGGUCACUGGAGUUGCCGGAAUCAUCAUCGGUGGUGUCUGAUGGAUGCAGCACCGGCCGUGCCAAUUGUUCCGACGAGGAGGUUAUGUUGGCUUCGAGUCAUCCGAAGAGAAGAGCCGGGCGGAAGAAAUUCCGGGAGACUCGGCACCCGGUGUACCGGGGUGUGAGGCGGAGGAACGGCGGGAAAUGGGUCUGCGAGGUCCGGGAGCCGAACAAGAAGUCGAGAAUAUGGCUGGGGACGUUCCCAACGGCGGAGAUGGCUGCACGGGCCCACGAUGUGGCGGCGCUAGCUCUGAGGGGCCGCCGGUCGGCUUGUCUCAAUUUUGCAGACUCGGCAUGGCGGCUGCCGGUUCCGGCAACGUCGGAUGCUAAGGACAUCCAGAAGGCGGCAGCGGAAGCGGCGGAAGCUUUCCGGUUGUCGGAAGAUCAAUCCAACGAAGUUUCCGGUGAUGACAUGAGGCCGGAAAGAACGAUGACAAUGCCGGAACAAGUGUUCUUCAUGGAUGAUGAGGCGGUUUUCGGCAUGCCGGGAUUGCUUGCAAACAUGGCUGAGGGGCUGAUGCUACCUCCACCACACUCUGGAGGAUAUGGGCACAAUGAGAAUGAUGACAUGGAAGCAGAUGAAGUGUUCUUAUGGAGCUAUUCCAUUUAAUUUGAUUUUAUUGGUUGUACUGUGUUGUGGCUUGUUAGGAUUGUUAAUCCGUAUUUAAUUUUUAACUAGUACGGAUUGGUAAUUGGAUUAUUUUAGAGGAGAUUGGUAAUUGCAUAUGUAUGUUAGAGAGGAAUGGGUUUAAAUUAAUACAGUAUCUUUGUAUAGUAUAACAGUGAAAAUGAUGAAAAGUAACAUUUGUGUAAUGAAACACUAAAAGUCUGC